AUGGGCAAACUCGUUGUCAAACUCAAAGAGGCAGGCAUUGGCUUGGCUUCUGAAGCUAUUUAUGCCGCUUGGAAUCGCUCGUCCCACCAAUACUCGAUCUCUAAUUCUUCCACCGGAAUUGCUUCCACCAAGCAAAGCAGUCAGGUUAUCCUGGCCGAUGAAAAGAUUAGCAAAGAGCUCAUCCAACCUACGCUCUCCACUGAAGGCUAUGUCAAUCAUGAUUAUAGCUAUCUGCAGCGGUCGAGCUAUCUAUAUAUCAACAAUAUGAAGAGCUACUAUCAGGGUACUUCUACGAUGAUGGAUGUGUCCAUCAACAGAAAGGCAACAGUCACUGCCACCGACCCAAAGCAAGACUUGGACGGGUAUAAUGAUUCAGUCUACUCAGUUGAUAUGCAGCAUGAGAUUGAUCAAGCUGAGGCUGUCUGGGCACAAACGGAGAACUUGCAGCAUGCAAGACUACCGACAUAUGAAGAGUCAGAAUGGGCUGAUGCCCCAUUGGCUAGGGUUAGAGAGGCCACAGAACGUCAGAGACAUCAUGUCGACCACCCUUCAAUUCAAACUGAGGCACGAGUUGACCGAUCCCAUGGUUUGACCUCUCCUGUGGUCAUUCCCCAAUGGGGACCAAGCAUGGAAGUACCAACUUUUGAGCGCGCUUAUGCACCUAUAUUAGGCAAUUGUGGAAUCUGUCAGGGUGUUUUCUUGAGGUUUUUGGAGGAAUUUGAUCAAGCGAAAAUUGAUUCACGGUGGCUCGAUGUUGUCAUUGAAGUUGCAGCAGGAGCCGUUCGUGUGACACAGACUUCUUCUCGCGCAAACACGUUUCUGGAUUGGGCAAACCAGGAGUUAUUUAUGUCCAACGGUCUUCAUGCUGCCAUUUUGCAGUUCAAAUAUGAUGUCUCCGGUGAGCAACAGGAUGGCCUGAGUGUGCUAUCUCAGAAACUUGGCAAACCACUUUUCACAACCGAGAAAAUUGAUACCAAUCGACCUGUCACCGCAACAGGAUUCAAACCCCCUCUAGCCUCCCAGAAGGUUGAAAUGCCGCUAAUUGCGCACUUGAUUUACCCUAACUUGUGUUCCGGGGAGCUACAGACCGUACAUGUUAAAAGCGCUGGGUCCUGGGCUCAGGAUCAUAUUGAGAAAAAGGCUCAGUCUUCAAAGGUUAGUACCAUCAACAUUUUAACAACUUCUCUACUUCCAGCAUAG